CAACAACAGUAUUAGUGCGACAAGUUAGCUCGCAACAGUUGUGAAUGGAAGAUAGCCGGAAUAAAUCCUUAAAAAGUGAUUUUCUAGUGAACUAAACAAUAAAACUACUUACAUCUUCUUGUCGAUCGAGGAAACCAGUUGUCUCAAUCUUAGCAAUUUUAAACCGCGAUGUUUCUACGUCGAGUACAUCCCGUCAGAUUGGGCCACGCAAUCCAGCGAAGUUUGACCACAACAAAAUCACGGAAUGAGUCAACGACCACCACCGUUGAAGCACCACAAGCGGUCCCUUCUCCACCUCCGGAUGCUUUUACGGAGGAAUUCCUGCGCAACCAAAUCAAGGUCACCGAGCUCCAGCGGGUCAUCCUCGGUGUGGGAAGUUCCCUGGCCGCCCUUGUGAAUCCACGAAGACACGACAUGAUCGCCUGCCUGGGCGAAACGACCGGCGUGCCGGCACUGGACGCCAUUCGCCGCCAGAUGCUGGCCUCGGACGAGGGCCGGCAGAUUCUGGCGGACCGGCCACGCAUCAACACGCGCACCGUCGACAUGGCCGCGCUCAAGGCCCUGCCCGAGACCAGCUUUGGCCACCAGUACGUUCAUUUUCUCGAGAAGCACGAUAUAACGCCCGAUUCCCGGGCCGAGGUCCGCUUCAUGGACGAUCCGGAGCUGGCGUACGUGAUGACCCGGUACCGGGAGGUGCACGACCUGGUCCACACGGUGCUGGGCAUGCCGACGAACAUGCUCGGCGAGGUGGCCGUCAAGUGGGUCGAGGCGCUCAACACGGGGCUGCCCAUGUGCUACGGCGGGGCCGUCUUCGGGGCGUUCCGGCUGCGACCAAAACAACGCCAAAACUACCUACGCCACUACCUUCCCUGGGCCCUCCGAAUGGGCCGGCAGGUGCACCCGCUGAUGAACGUCUACUGGGAAAAGCGAUGGGAGCAGGACAUGGCCGAACUGCGACAGGAACUGAACAUUGAGGAGCUCGUCAUUAAUUAAAGCCCGCGCGACCAAGAAAAGAAUUCGGCAGUCGUUAUCUACUAGUAAAUAUAUG